GCAAGCAAAACGUUGAAACGUGGCAAGAGAAUCAGAGCGAGAAGGAUAGAGAUUGUCGCCUGCAACAAUAAUGCAGCGACGUUAAACCCAAACCAAACAGGUCCACUCUCACUCUCUCUCCAACCCUUUUUCUUAUCUUUUGUUUUCCCUAAACAAAAAUUAACAUUAAAAAGUAAAAUCAAACAGAAAGGCAAGGAAACCUAAUUACUGUUUGCCGCUAAAUCUGGCGCUUAAUUCCCUUCUCUCACACUAAAUUUGGCGCAUUAUUGCAACACUCGACCUCAUCUUCUUUUCUCUUUUUUACCCUUCCCGUUGUUCUAAUCUCUUUCUUCUCUGCCCUUGUGAAACUGUAGUUGUAGUAAUUUUCUUGUUCCAUUAUUAAAAUUUUUAUUUGCUUUACUUCUUUUUAUUAUUAAUUUUCGUGAUUUGCAAGAUUUUGUUAUUUUAAAUUGGUUGAAUUUUGGAGGUUAGUCUUUUUUUGGUCCGUUUUAUACAGAGAUUUCAGUUAUUGCGGCGCGUCUUGCUGAUUAGGAUCUGAAAGGCAUUACGCUGCGCAAAGAGCUGGUCCUUUGUUUGCAGAGAAGAGGAGAAGAGAAGAGAAGAGAAGAGAGUUUCUUCUCUCUUCUAUUCUCUGCUGCUAGGCUUUAGGAUUGCUUCUGUUUUCUUUUUCUCUUUAAAAAAAAAUUUCUUUUACAUGUCGAAAGGUGGAUUUGGUUUAAUGAAAGAAACAAUGGGAGAUUUUGGUUGAUAAAUUAUAAUUAGGCGUGGUUUGGGAGUGUUCAAAUUUUGUUGUUUAAUUGCAAUAAUUAUGUCUGGGGAGGGGGAGAUUAAGCAGAAAGAGGAUGAGUUGUUUUCCUUGCACAAAGCCUCGUUCUAAGGAUAGAAGGAUCGACAUUGAUAAUGGAAGUCGAACUAAUUCUCGCCAUUCCGCUGAUUCCUCAGAGCAUAAAAAAGGAAGUGAUCAAGGAAAAGGCACCAAGGGCAGUGGGGCACGAAGUGUCACAUUUCGAGAGUUGGCAACAGCAACAAGGAAUUUUAGAGAAACCAAUUUGAUUGAGGAAGGAGGAUUUGGAAGAGUUUUCAAAGGUCGAUUGGAAACAGGGGAGAUUGUUGCCGUUAAACAACUUAAUCAUGACAAUCUUCAGGGCUACCAGGAAUUUAUUGUUGAGGUUCUUAUGCUGAGCCUGUUACAUCAUGUUAAUCUGGUCACCUUGAUUGGCUAUUGCACUGCUGGAGAUCAGAGGCUCUUGGUUUAUGAAUACAUGCCAAUGGGCAGCUUGGAAGAUCAUCUUUUUGAUCUAGAACCUGGUCAAGAGCCUCUGAAUUGGAAUAAACGGAUAAAGAUUGCUGUUGGUGCUGCUAGAGGAAUCGAAUAUCUACAUUGCAAGGCCAAUCCACCAGUCAUUUAUCGUGACUUGAAGUCUGCAAAUAUUUUGCUGGAUAAUGAUUUCAACCCAAAACUCUCAGAUUUUGGCUUAGCAAAAUUGGGCCCUGUGGAUGACAAUACUCAUGUUUCAACCAGGGUAAUGGGGACAUAUGGAUAUUGUGCCCCAGAGUACGCCAUGAGUGGCAAAUUAACUCUUAAGUCUGACAUAUAUAGAUUUGGCGUGGUGCUAUUGGAGUUGAUAACUGGACGGAAGGCAAUAGAUACUAAUAAGAAGCGUGUAGAGCAGAACUUGGUUUCAUGGUCCCGUCCAUUUUUAAAAGACCAGAAGAAGUUUGGCCUAUUGGUUGAUCCUGUAAUUCGAGGAUGUUAUCCUCGCCGUUGCUUGAACUAUGCAAUUGCAAUUACUACUAUGUGUCUCAAUGAAGAAGCCAAUUUUCACCCACUUAUUGGUGAUAUUGUUGUUGCACUUGAAUAUUUAGCUUCUCAGGGUCAAAAUUGGAGCCCUAAAUCACGUAAUGUUGAAGUCUGCAGUUCCUCACAAUCCUCACCGAUGCAACCAGAGAAAGGUUUCCUUCGUCAAUCUAAUUCCAGAAAGGUUUGACCGCUGUUUGAAGUUGAAGUUGAAGUUGUUCCAUAAGAGCUGUCAAGAAACUUUGAUCAUGUAAGAUACAACUCAUUUUUAUUGGAGAUUUUAGCUUAAUUUAGAAUGCUCUCUUCUGCAUUUUGCUUCUCUUCUUUUUCGUUGUUAUGAGAAUCAAACAAAACUUAUUUUUAUUCCUUUUCAUAUGGUCUUUUGAGCAUCAUGUUCUGAAAAAUAGUAGAGAGCUGACUUUGAUUCCUUUAGAUCCUUUUUUUUUUCUCUUUGAUAAAUGGUGUUUUACAGUUUUAACAUUUUAUUCCUUUGCUUUAAUCAGACAGAAAAGAAUGAUAGAAUCAUCAUUCUUGGACUGAUUUGGAUUUUCCCAGAAUUUGCUGCAGGUUGUUACCUCAUCUAGCAUAGAAGGAAGACUUGCCAAAUUCCAUAUACACCAACAAAUGAGUACAUAUAUGGGUACCAGCGUUGUCGAAUCAUCUGCAGUCGGAAAAGAGCCAAGGGGAUUACUUUGGUCUCAUCCUUGUUUCUGGUAAAAAGUAAAGUGUGACUAUUUGUAUUUAAGCAGCAAAAUUUUCCUGUACAUACAUAAAGCAGAUAAAUCUUUGAAAGUAUAAUCUGUACAGUUUUUAUCAUCAGAAGUUGUCUUACACUGUAUUAAAAAUUAUAUUGGAACUUAUAUCCUAAUGUUCUCCUCGCAUAUUCUUUCAUAGAAUUUUGUUUUUUUUUUCUUUUUACCCAUGUCCUUAAAGUUCCUAAAAAUUCGACCGGAAACAUAACUAAGAUAGAAAUCAGAUACUCGUGCUUUCUGAUUUGAGUACCGAUCAAGAAAAUGUCACACGUGAGAUAUGCGCCUUGGUCCUUGGGGUUCUGGCUACGGGUUUCAAUGGUGUUUGACAAUUGAAACGUUUAAAAAGUCUAAUGGUAAGUUGCCGACCAACUUGAAGAGGUAGGUUCAUUACCAAUCAGUUGUCUGUCAAGAGUCAAGAUCAAACCCAGGAAAAAAACUGAACAGCUAGCAUGCAUUUUGAAAAAUUAAAAUUUAGCAAAAUUGUAGACGUCAAAAAGGCUUAUUGUACUGAUAAGUUUGGCAAUUUUGUCUUUAUCUUUUGGUGGAAGGAUCGUUGAAUCUCUCUCAUUGAAAAACUGCCUCCAAUUUACAGUCCUUAUAUUCAAUGAAAAUGGACCCUCAUUUAAUCUUCUUCUUUUCUGUAGUUCUGAGAACAGCGAACGUCAUUUCUACAUUGCUUAGUCACCUCGAAACUUUCUUAAGCGGCUAUCAAAGUAACAUAAUCCAUGUCGAAGGAAGCAAAAGCUAUCAUGCACUGCAGAUGGUUCCCUAAUUCCCUUCCGUCUCCAUUGUAACCCUAAAGUUUAAUUUGUAAUUACAGGCCGGCUGUACAAACUGGAUAUCCUAUCCAAUCCUAUAACUUGGCCGAGAAAAACAAAUUCCUUUGUCAUGAUAGCCGGAUGUGACUGUUGUCUAUUAGUUAAACCAAAAUUCAACUCCUUUUAGAUGCAUAAUUUCAAAUUUUUUUUAUUGUUAAUGAUAAUUACAAAGCCUGGGUUGUCUAUGA